AUGAAAUCACCCCGAUAUGACCGCAACGAAUUCAUCUUCAAUUUUUGCGUCGUUCUCAGUGAAGAGGACGAAUGGGGGACAUAUAAGAGUGUAGUGCAAAAGCUGGCGCACUUGCUAUGUGGGCUUGAAGAGCAGUCGGGUUUCCUGUCCAAGGAUACGUCCAAGGACGGCGAGGGGAAGGUAUAUAGUUUGUGCGAGACUCUGAUGGAAGACUUGAAUAAUUAUUACGAGUGCAUGAUUCCAAUUGAUGAAUUGAAUACUCUAAACGUCAAACUGUUUCCGCUAUAUCCCUCCCCGCCCAUUGUGAAAGCAUGGCAUGUUCCGCUUUUCACUGUUCGGUGUGAAACGUUUAUGGAUGAAAACUGGGACCUAACUAUGAGAAGGAUUGUUCCUUAUAUAAAUGGGAUCAACAGUGUUCAUAAAAUCUCCAUCCUAUCGGAUGCAGACUUCACCCUCACCUGCCGUGCAAUUCGCCAUCUAAUCUACUACGGAUGCGCCUUUCUUCUGGAUAUAUUUUCCUUCUCGGCUAUAUACGCUCCUACAGCCGAGUUUAGCUCUACUAUUGUCCCGGACAAGCAGAUGCAAUGCGAAUGCGCGCGGUAUGUUAAUAUACGUUUUGCACCCAUUGGUGGCCCCUCGCCAGUGCCAAAAUCGACAUCUGGCGCAGCUACCUCUGCAUCCGCAUCACACCACAAAGGCUCAGUGCCCCGCUCAAGCCAUGGAAUAUCUAUGGCUAGUGAUGACCCAUGGAUAGAACACGAUAGCAUCUGGCCAAAGAUCGAUACUUCAAUCCCGUCAGCGUCAGGGGAGGGCGCGAGCAAAUUUAAUUCCAAGACGAUUGUCGAUGGUGUCGGUCUUGUUGAAUUAUACGCGAGCCUGAGACAGGGCCAGACAGUCAAACAAUGGUAUCUGAAACAUAUGCGUGAACUCGCAAAUAUUGAUAGCCAUCACCAUCAACGGAAACCAUCAAACCAAUUCCCUUCAUCGUCUCCAAUGGCUGGAUAUAACUUGGGAGCAGCAACUGCGGGAGAUAUAGGCAGUGUAUCUUCUCAUUCAUUCACCCGUGACCGCCAUGGGUCAACCGCAAGCAAUAUAGAUCCACUGUCGACUAGCAAACCUCUGUCGAAAUCUGCGUCUACCCUCUCUCCUCGAGACAGGAUACGUAGCCGUCGUCCCCUUCGUCGAUAUGACGAUGAAGGGAAUGAUGGCGAUGAGGAGGAGUUCGACGACGAUGACUCGGAUGCGGAUGAGUACGGCGAGGGAAGUGACUAUGGUAUAGAUAAUAAGACUCUGGCCAAACAUUUGGACGGGACACAUUGUUUCGAUCAGAUUUGCACAGAACUGGAGAUUACCGAUAAAGAGCUUACCUCGAGACUGAAGCGGUAUCCUCGAGAGGUUGUUAUAAUCCACUCUUAA